ACAAUUCUCUUUUCUUUUUCUUUUUUUUUUUUUUUUUUCCUUUUUUCGCGUUUCUUCUUGAGCGAUUUGUUUUGGCUUGAUUCGAAUGUGACAAUGUUUGAGUCUGAAAUCGUAAAAGUUUUUGGUCUCAUGAUGAAUGCUUUGUUUUCGUUUCUUUUUUAUCGUAUACUUAUGUUGUUACCGGCUUUAUUUGGUUGAUGAGAGAAUGUAAAAAAAAUGAGGUGUAGAGUCAAUGUAUUAUACAUGUUAUGUUCUACAUAAAACCAGGUUUCGUUCAGAUCGUGUUUUUUCUCGCUAUAAUUUUAUGUUUCUUUCCUUUUCGGGUUUCAUUUAGGGUUUUAGUUAGGGGUUGAUACAAAUAUGAUUUGUCCUAAGAUUUUGAUCUAGUGAUUAAUCCUAAGUUUCCUUUUGUUUACAUGCAUGUGCCUCUGUUUGGUUGAGAAAAUGAAAGAAAGUAAAGAGCAAUGAAAGAAAUUUAAACAUCUGGAUAGUUUUGUCUCUUAUGCAACAAUGUUGCCAGUUGGUGUGCGAAUGCAAUGACUCUUGAAUAUGGGAUCGAGGGAAGCAUCUUGCUUCUACAGACAAUUUUGUAUCACAUGAAUCUUCUGGGGGAAGAUAUGCAAAGAAAGCAAUAUAUGUCAGGCCUAUUUUCUGAAGUUUUCAGUUAUCUAUUAGACCAACCAAAUUUUGGUACUGUGUGUUGUGAAGCAUUCAGAAACGUAAUUAUCAGCAAAAAGUUCCUUCAGGAGUUUUCCAAUGAAUUGCAAUUGUCAGUCUCUGAAAAAGUUGCCCUUGGUCUUGCUUUGGCAGACUCGGAGAAUGAUGAGUUCAGAACAAUUGGUCAGGACUUUAACAUAGGUUUGAUACAGGAGUUAUGUAGAAAUCCAGCCUCUGUUGAUUCUGUUGAGGAGAUUCAGAAUAUAAUUUUGUUUUUCUAUCAGUCUGAGGGUCUAACAAAGUAUGUGGACUCCUUUAUGCAAAUGUUGGCUUUGAUGGAACCAAAAGAGAGGACGUCUCUUAUAUUAGCUCCACUGCUCAAAGAUGAUGUAAAGGAGGCUAGAUUUCUAAGGAAUUUGGAUAUGUUCCACAAUUUCAAUGAAAAUGAAUUUGACUCCCUUCUGGUGGAGAUGGAGAGUGAGACUAGCGUGUCUGAUAUUAUGAGAGAAGUGGGAUAUAGAUGUACAGUUAAUUCUACACAUUGCAAAGAGGUGUUGUCAAAUUUCUUACCUUUGAAUGAAGUUACUCUGUCUAGAAUACUUAGCACUGUUGCCCAAAGCUAUUCUGGCCUUGAGGACAGUCAACUUUCACAUUCAUUAUUCUGCUCUGCAAUUGGUAGCAGUGCAGCAUUUGAUAUAUCAUGCCCAGGCUCUUGGAAUGUGGACAUUUUGGUGGAUUCAGUUAACCAGCUUGCUCCUGGAAUUCAUUGGAAAAUUGUCAUGGAAUAUCUGGAUCAUGAGGGAUUUUACAUUCCUAACAGCCAGGCAUUUUCCUUUUUCAUGUCAAUUUAUGCCCGUGCAUGUCAGGAUCCUUUCCCUCUUCAUGCUGUAUGCAACUCUGUUUGGAAGAAUGUUGAUGGUCAAUUAUCUUUUCUAAGAUACGCUGUAUCAGCCCCGGUUGAGAUAUUUACCUUUGAACAUUCUGUCAGGAAGCUAGCAUAUGUUGAAGCGUGUAAUCGCCAUGAGCUUUUGUCCAUACAAGGAAAUCACGCUUGGUUAUCCCUUGACCUUAUUGAUGUGUUGUGUCAAUUAGCUGAGAGGGGCUAUGCCAAUUCUGUACGAGCAAUGCUUGACUACCCUCUCAAACACUGCCCUGAACUAUUGCUGCUUGGAAUUUCUCAAAUUUGUACUGCUUAUAACCUUCUCCAACAUGAUGUCUCUUCUGCCAUUUUCCCCAUGGUUGUUGAAAAUUCCGUGGGAAGCUUGAUUCUUUAUCUUUGGCAUUCUAAUUCCAAGUUUGUGGCACAUGGUUUAGUGCACAUGAUUAAAGCUGACCAAAGCAGCAUAAUUAGAAUGUUAGGCAUUUGUUAUGAACAGAAGAUUUUAUCCAGUUUCUUGGAGCAAAUUCCAUUUUCUUGUAGUAUUCGACUAGCUGUAUUGGCUUCCCAAGAAGAAUACUUAUGUCUGGAGAAGUGGUUGAAUGAUAAUCUGAAUGAUUAUAAAGACAUCUUUGCUGAGGAAUGUCUAAAAUUUUUUAAGGAGAUUUCUUUAGAUGCAGCAGAAGAUAUGUCCCAUGAUUUGUUUCAAUCUCCUGGCGUUGUUGAGAAUAUAUAUUUCAAGACAAGUUCAACAUUUAUAAAGGUUUUUCGAGCUAACACUGAACACAUCACUUCUGACCACAUUGCUGAAGAAUUGGAAAGAAUGAAUAGGGCUUCUAUGCAUGUCAAGCCUCGACUUCAGAAUGUUGGCACUUCAGAUUCGUCAAAUUUAUAUGGAUAUGCUGAUGAUAUAGAGGCUGAAGCAGAUUCUUAUUUGUCUCAGAUAUUUUACAGUCAGAUGCCUAUUAAUGUUAUGAUUCACAUGCUUUCAAAAUUAAAGGAAUCUUCAGAGAAAAGGGAACAAUUAAUUUUUGAUCAUGUGAUACAGAAUUUGUUGGAUGAGUACAGGUUCUUCCCUAGGUAUCCAGAAAAGCAGCUCAAGAUUGUUGCUAUCCUGUUUGGCUCUCUAAUCAAACAUCGGCUUGUAAACAAUCUGAAUCUUGGUAUUGCUUUGCGUAGUGUGCUAGAUGCAUUGCGUAAGCCCACAGACUCAAAGCUAUUUGUGUUUGGAACCAAAGCUUUAGAGCAGUUUGUGGACCGUUUGGUUGAGUUGCCACAAUAUUGCAGUCUUAUUUUGCAAAUAUCCCAUUUGCGUGGAAUGCAUCCAGAGCUUGUUGAUUUUGCUGAAAGUGCGCUUGCUUGGAUUUCAUCAAGUUGCUUGGAAAAAGAUGAAGAUAACACCUACGUUAUUUAUCCCCAGGAUGAUUCUACUGCAGCUGCUUCAAAAAAUUUGAAGUUACCUGGAGUUAUGACCAGACAGCCAAGCCAUCAACUCUCCCCUUCACAGCAGAUGGAACAGAGACUUGAAGAAGUUAUUGGUGAUAGAAUCAAGGCAUCUAUGACUUCAAGCAUAUGCAUGAAACCACUUUUACCUCAGUCUGCCCACCCUUCAAAUGGCUUCCUGAAUGACGUUGCUAGCAGUCAGAAGACUGUCCUGUCACAAAAUACAAUAAUGGCAGUUCCAUCCACUGCUCCUGAUUUUCCUCAUUCUAGGGGAGUUACUUCAACUAGGUUUGGUUCGGCUCUAAAUAUUGGAACACUUGUUGCAGCAGCCGAGAAGAGGAAUACUCUUGUUGAGACUCCUGCAUCCGAUGUUCAGGAUAAGAUAUUUUUCUUGAUUAAUAAUAUUUCAUCAUCAAAUGUUGAUGCUAAAGUGAAGGAAUUUACUGAGAUUCUUAAUGAGGAACAUUAUUCAUGGUUUGCACAAUACAUGGUGAUGAAAAGAGCAAGCAUUGAGCCAAAUUUUCAUGACUUGUACUUGACUUUUCUGAAGAAAGUCAAUUCAAAAAGACUGAAUGAAGAGAUUGUCAAGGAUGCUUAUGAGAAUUGCAAGGUUAUUUUGAGAUCUGAGCUUAUAAAGUCAAGCUCAGAAGAACGUUCCUUGCUGAAAAAUUUAGGUAGUUGGCUUGGGAAGUUUACUAUUGGCAGAAAUCAAGUGCUAAGGGCCCGAGAAAUAGAUCCCAAAUCUUUAAUCAUAGAGGCAUAUGAGAGGGGCCUGAUGAUAGCUGUGAUACCAUUUACCUCAAAGAUUUUGGAACCAUGCCAAUAUAGUCUUGCUUACAAGCCUCCAAAUCCUUGGACUAUGGCAAUUCUUGGUUUACUUGCAGAGAUCUAUGCAUUGCCAAAUCUUAAAAUGAAUCUCAAAUUUGACAUUGAGGUUUUAUUUAAGAACCUUGGUGUAGAUAUGAAGAAAGUUAACCCAACAUCUCUUCUAAAAAACUGUCUCCGCAAAAUAGAAGGAAAUCCUGAUUUUUCCAACAGAGAUGUUGGGGCAUCUCAGCCACCAGUGGUUACCCAAAUUAACUCUGGGAUCAAGUCUAUACUGAACAAAGUUGAUUUAGAGCCUGAAAUAAUCAAUACAUCUCAUUCUGAUGGCCAGUUAAAGUUGGUUUCAGGAAUUUCUAAGAUUGAAACUCAAUUUAUUUUCAAUAACAAACUCAGCAGUUUGGGCUUACAUCAUUUGAAAAGAGUUGUCUCCAUCAUUGUGGAGAGGGCUAUCAAAAAGCUCCUCUCUCCAGUUGUUCAACGCUGUGUUCCCAUAGCAAUCCAGACAACAAAGGAACUUGUUCUAAAGGACUAUGCUACAGAGUCAGAUGAAACCCUCAUAUAUGAUGCUGCCCAUUCAAUGGUAGCUAGUUUGGCUGGAAGUCUAGCUCACGUCACAUGCAAGGAAACUCUUCAUACCUCACUAUCAUGUCAACUAAGGAAUUCAUUUCAGGGGUUGAAUGUUCCCAAUGAACAUCUUGAACAAGCUGUUGCUCUUGUUAUCAAUGAUAACCUUGAUUUUGGGUGUGCAGUAAUUCAACAUGCUGCAUCUGUGAAGGCAGUACAAUCCAUCGACUGUGAAAUUACUCGGCAACUUUCUCUAAGAAGGAAAAAUAGAGAGGGUAUUGAUCGUUCAUAUUACGAUGCAAACAUUAAUGCUCAAGGUCCUAAGACUGUUAUAUCAGAGUCCCAACUCCCCAGACCCGGGCAGAGUUCUCACUCACAACAGCAAGUAUAUGAGGAUUUUGUUCAUUUUUCCUGGAGAAAUCAAGUUGGUCAGAACUCAAAUGUUGUCCCUGCCAGUCUGCCUGCUUCAUCUGGUGCUUCUGUCAGUUCUACAUUAUCUUGUCCUCAAUUUCCCUCUGCAGGGCAGCUUAACCAUGGACCAUACUUAUCUGGGAAUGAACCUGCUGGCUUGGACGGUGUUAAUUAUCCUUUGGAUCUCAUUUCUGUGGAGAUUGACUCUAACCAAUUUCUUAGCAGUUCUUCCACUAGUAUUGGAGCAACUGAUGACAUCAAUCUGCUUGCUGCUAAUCAAAGUUCUGUCAGUUCUUUGUGUCCAAUUGCUGCUGCCCCAGAAGUGCAUUCUGAGGAGGUGCCUUAUGCCAGAAAAGAAUUGAGACCUACUGCAGAAUCAUUGCCUACAGCUCCCAUUGAUCAACUGGGAAGUGGAAUCUCGGAACCCUUAUUAUCUAUGUCAGAUGUACUGGAAAAGUAUCAAAUUAUUUCCCAGAAGUUGGAUAUGUUGGUGAGUAAAGAGUCUGGGGAGGCAGAGAUUCAUAGAGUUGUUUUUCAGAUUCCAAAGAUCAUACUUAAAUGUGUUAGCCAAGAUGAGGCUGCCCUUGCAAUUGCUCAGAAGGUUUUCAAAAGCUUAUACGAGAAUGCUUCAAACAGUUCACAUGUUGGUUCACAUAUUUCAAUUAUUGCUGCUAUUCGCGAUGUUUGCAAGCUUGUUGUCAAGGAGGUUACAAGUUGGGUGAUUUAUUCGGAUGAGGAUAGGAAGUUCAAUACAAAUAUAACUUUUGGCCUUAUGCGCAAGGGUUUGCUUAAUCUUGCUGAAUACAACAAGCAUAUGGCAAAGCUUAUUGAUUCUGGAAAGAAUAAAACUGCAACAGAAUUUGCAAUAUCGCUCCUUGAAACCUUAUUGGUUCAGGAAUCAAGUCUAACUUUGUCAGAACUUCCCAAUCUUAUUGAUUCCUUGGCAAAGCUUGCAGCAAGACCUGGAGCUCCUGAAUCAUUACAAAAGUUGGUUGAGAUUGCCAAGAAUCCUCCAGAAAAUGCUGCAAGUCCUUCUGGUAAUAUUGUUGGCAAGAAUGCUAGAGAUAAAAAGAGCUCUGAUCAUUCUGUGACAAUUAUGGAUGGCAAUGUCAAUGCUGAAUCUACAGGAGUAGACCUUGCUGGAUUCUAUGACCAGGUUUCUGUGUUGUUCUCUGAAUGGUACCACACAUACAUACAUCAUGGUGCAAAUGAUGCACCUUGUGCAUAUUUUGUCUCAAAAUUGCAGCAAAGUGGAUUUCUGAAUGGUGAUGAUACAUCAGAUAAAUUUUUUCGUUUUCUCAUGGAACACUCAGUUGCCCAUUGCCUUUCUUCUGAGAGAAUUGGUUCUAGUUUGACAUUCCAGUCACCUCAGACUGCACAGGACCUCUCAUUUCUAUUGGUUGAUGUGUAUGCAAAGCUUGUUGUUGUGAUUCUGAAGCAGUAUCUUGCAACAGAUCAUCUUUUAUCAAAGAUUUUUCAAUUGACUGUUAGAGUGAUUCAGAGGAAAGCUGAGGAGAAGAAAGCAUCUUUUAACCCAAGGCCAUAUUUCAGGCUGUUUGUUAACUGGCUAUUGGACCUUGUUUCACCACAUGCUGUCUUAGAUGGUGCCAAAUUUCAGGUUUUGAUUGCUUUUGCAGACACUUUCCAUGCAUUGCAGCCUCUUAAAGUUCCUGCUUUCAGCUUCGCUUGGCUUGAGUUGAUCAGUCAUAAGAGCUUCAUGCCAAAAUUGCUCACAGUCAAUGCUCCAAGCGGUUGGGUUUGUGCUCAGCUUCUACUGGUUGAUUUGCUCAAAUUCAUGGAACCUUAUUUGAGGAAUGCUAAACUUGAAGUGCCGAUUCGUCUUCUAUAUAAAGGCACUUUGAGGUUGCUGCUUGUGUUAAUGCAUGAUUUCCCAGAGUUUCUGUGUAAUUAUCACUUCAGCUUCUGUGAUGUAAUUCCAUCCAGCUGCAUUCAGAUGCGAAAUAUUAUCCUUAGUGCCCAUCCAAGUAACAUGCAGCUGCCUGACCCUUCUACACCAAACUUAAAGAUUGAUUUAUUGCCAGAUGUGCACAUAGCACCACAUGUAUUCUCUGAGGUUGAUGCUGCUCUAGGAGCUAAGCAGAUGAAAUAUGAUGUAGAUGAGUAUCUUAAGACAACACGGCAGGCAUUUCCAUUCUUAUCUGAGCUGAAGAAGAAAUUACUACUGCCCCAAAAUGAGGCUGCAGCACAAGCUGGAACCCGAUACAAUGUGCCGUUAAUAAACUCCCUCAUCCUGUAUGUUGGAAUGCAGACCAUCCAGCAAUUACCGAAAAAGAACACUCCUGCCCUUGCACAGCAGAUGACUUGUAAUGGUCCCAUGGAAUCAUAUAUAAUGGGUCCUCUGUUAGCCCUUUUCCAAACGUUAAUUGUGGAGCUGGAUGCUGAGGGCUGCUAUCUUGUCCUUAAUGCGAUCGCAAAUCAGCUACGCCACCCAAGCAGCCACACUCAUCUAUAUUCCUAUGCCAUGCUAUACUUAUUCAAUGAAGCAAAACAGGAAACCAUUAAGGAGCAGAUAACAAGAGUGUUGGUUGAACGCUUGAUGGUUAAUAAACCUCAUCCUUGGGGUGUUAAGAUCACGUUUCUUGAGCUCAUCAAGAAUCCUCAGUACAACUUUUGGAGUCAUGCUUUCAUCAAGUGUUCGCCAGAGAUAGAGAAAAUGGUCAAAACAAUUUCAAUCUAAGCAAGUGGAUUCAGAAUCCUGUCUACUAGUUUCUUGUGAUAACUGAGAACGUGCAUUAGUUUCGAUCCCCAUUGAAAUUAGUGUAGAAAAACUGUUUUAAAAAUCUUUGAAUUUUGAACUUAAUGACAUUUAGUAUUUACGUAAC